ACUGCCUGUUAUUAUAUUUAAUCAAAAUCAACCAAUAACUAUAUUCAGCAGAUAUCGACAGAUAAUGAAUCGAUGUUAUAUUUGCCGCACUAGCUAUUGGCUAUUGUUUUACCUGACUUGUGACUUGAGUUAAUUUCACCUGUACCUGUAAGGUGCAAGGUUGUCUAUCUAAUUAUUGUGUAUUGUUUCUAAACAUGUAUUAAUGCAUGUUGUUAUCUAAUUGCAAAUAGUUUUAAUUCAAUUCCGGCAUAUUCGUAUUAUUUUAAUUUUGAAUAAGAAAAAUUACAAGAAUGAGUGAUCAAUUGGCAAAACGACUGGAAGAGGGUCACGGCAAUGUAGUGGCUCCUGUUCAAGAACCUGGAACGAAAAGCUGGGUAGUGUUUGACGAUGAGACUGUUCCAAAUCCUCUUCCUAGUAGUGCUAUUGAAAAAUCGGACGUUGGUCCAACUAAGCGCAAAGAACCAGAAGCACAAAUUGAAGGCAAGAAGAAGUUGGCACAAGAUAAUUCUCCCGCAGUUAUUACCACCGAAAAUGUGCAGUUUAAUCUGGACAAAAGCCUCAGUAGAUCUAUGAUAGAUAGUGCGAGUAAUAGCGUUGUCCUGGAUCCAAAACCAUUGAGGAAUGUCGAAUUACCGGUGGCAACUGUGGAGCCAAUAAGGCAAGGAUUUUCAAAUGGUGAUAUUAUUGUAACCCUACUGCCUGUGAAUUCUCGAUUCCCAUGGAUAACCCCAGCAGUAUUUCGCCCAGAAUUAGUUCCAGAAGAACUGAUGGCACAAGGACUUACUCUUACUGUGGAAGAAUACGUACAAGCUAUGGAGCUCUUAGUAAAUGAUGUCCGAUUUACAUUAUACAAUGUCUGCUACAAGCGGGUUCUUGUAGUGUGGAUUACUUUAGCUUUUGUAGUUCUGCUCAGUUUGCUGUUUUCCGGUACCAACGGCCUUACACUUUUCGGCCUGGGUAUUGGGUGGCUUGUACUUAAUGCUGCGGCCAUAUUCUUAUCUAUGUAUGUUAAGUUUAAGUUGCAACGAAAUUUAGAAAGAUGUUUAGCUCAAGUCAACAAACAACUCCUUCGUCAUAAAAUAACGCUGACUCUGGAUGAUAGAGGAAAAUUUUCCUGCCAUAAAGUGAAUCUCUGUUUUAUUUACAUGGAUUCCGCUCCAUGCAUAGCUCACCUCCAAACCAGCAUUGAACAGCUAGAAAGAGAUCCCGCUACUGGCUGGGAGCAAAGAAUGGAUAUUACAGCAAGUGCUAUAGUUAUUCAAGGAAGCAGAACGACUAAACUAUCUCGAAAACAGGAACGAGCUACUUUACUGUAUAUUCGCUACAUAGCGCGUUGGGGGCGUGACCGAGUUAGAGGUUUGUUGCAGAACCCUCCGACUACGGGGGGUCGGCAUUGCAAUGCCUACACUUGUCCGUGUCAGUUUAUCGAUGAGCAUUUGCAGUGCAAACCACAAGCUGAAAACAGCGCAUGUAUGAUCUGCUUCUAUAAUCCAAAUCCCAUUUACGUUGAGUAACUGAAAGGAGGUCUGAAAUUGUAUCCACGGAUUGAUUGCUUGGAAGGAAACAUUAGCAAACCAUGGACAUGUGCUAUUACUUAAAUCUUAAAAAUUAGAUAUAAAAAUUGAUCCCAUUUCCCAAAUUAUUAAUAUUUUUCAAUUUUGAAUUCAGUUCUGACAUGCAUUAUGUAUUUAUAGGGUCAUGUUGUCUCUACCUCUCGGAGCAAAAUAUACAGUCUGAGUUUUGGACCUCAAUGCACAUUCAAACUUAUCCUCUUCAAUUUGGAUCCACCAACAGAACAUCUCAUAACGUUCCAAUUUGAAUACCUAUCUUGUGAUUUAUCAACUUAAUUGUAAAUAGAUCAUUGACCUAUAACCUUUCACAGGA